CGACGGAUUACUGGCCACCAGCGGCACGAUGGAUCUAUAAGCAUCGACCAUAGGCACAUCGUGGCCAUGGUAACGCCACGCGGAUAACACGACGAUCCCAACAGUGCAUUUACCAGCCGCGCUUCACGGAGCACGAGUCUUGUAGAGAGGGAGUGGAUCGCAAUAACUAGCUACCUACAGCUUACAUCGGUGCCUGCAGGAAAACCUAUGCGGUGACGCUGCCAACUAGGCUAAAAUUCGACAGAGUGAUCGGAAGCGAUUGUCGUAGCUGGCAUACCGUCGCUCCGCCGCAUCGAACCGUGCUCGCGGCGGGCUCUCGUCUACGGCGAGGACACAGCACUCACAGAGCAGACAAACCCACUGAACUACGCUCACUGGACAGCUGAUCAACGACACGGAGCGACGCCGACAAACGGAGUGAGCCAACUCGACUGCUGCAACAAAAUUCGAUACCAAUUCGAUGCUGAUGCAACUGCUCCUUCAAAGUCGGUGAUUUGGCUUUUGACAUUAACUGUAUCUGCUAAAUCGGCUGACCGUAGCAGCAUUGGAUUUUGCCGGAAUUGGAGAGUGCAUGCGUUAAUUGUAGUAGUAGUAGUAGUACAAAACCUAGCGUUUUAUGAGUGGUGCAAUUCUGCAAAGUAGCAGAACUGCUGUGCAAAGAAAACAAUCGCUCUCCUUGUUUUUGUGUUCCGCUUCGUUUCGAUACCGCGUAUACGUUGUUGCCGGUGUUUCCAUUGUCUCGUGGCGUAUUAGCCCUUCUUCUUAAUGAAGUAAGCAAGUAAAUAGGUGUGACUGAUAAAUGGUAGUGUCGUGACCCGAUACAUCAUCACUGCCUCGAUCACUUGUCGGAGUCGGUUCUUCUGAGUCAGCACCGCAAUGGACCUUGAAAAGCCUGAACAGCCACAGCUUCCUAUGUGGUCACGAGCGUUUAGCUCGACAACGGAAUGGAGCUUGCAUGUGGAUAAAGGUGCUAGUCAGGUCGGACAGGAUCCAGGCCGACCAAAAACUGGCUCUGGGGAUAAGUUUCAGAGACAACGUGAGCUGCUCGAACAAAAACAAAAGCAAAAACGCUUGCAGAGUGCGACCCUCAUCAAGGCCACCGAUGGUAGGCGACGACCAAUGUCAAGUAUGCUGGAACGACACGCAUACGACGGACCCCUCAGGGAAGCUUCUGGUAAAGAUGUCGACGAACUCGAUUCGGACGGUCAGUGUAAAACAGAUGUCAAAACACCAAAAAAACAAAAACAGCCACUAAUUUUGGCGAGCAAACCUAAAGAGUUAGAAGUUGAUCGAAACAGGAAUUCGCCAGAAGAAGAAGUUCUCGAGAACCGGCCAGUAACUCAUAAUCCCUGGAGGAGAUCAUCGUCGGUGCUAUCUCUGGAUACACCUUCGGAAUGUCGAAUGGCGCAGGUCCACGACGCGGCAGGUACAAACAUGCUGAUGCCGGGUGACUCACAGGCAUUUGAACGAGAAGAUAUUGGUACACUUGAAGAAAUACUGCUUAAAAGCACGUUCGACUUCGUUCAUGCCCCUUGCCCCAAGGGAGUGACUGUGAAAUGUCGCAUUACUCGUGACAAAAAAGGUGUUGAUCGAGGACUUUACCCUACUUACUAUUUGCAUCUGGAACGAGCUGACAAGAAGCUCUUCCUGUUAGCUGGCCGCAAACGAAAGAAAAGUGCUACAUCAAAUUAUCUCAUAUCAGUGGAUCCGACAGAUCUAUCGCGAAAUGGCGAGUCGUUUAUAGGCAAACUCCGCUCAAACCUUUUCGGCACAUCUUUCACUGUAUUCGACGGAGGAGAUAAUCCGAAAAGAAGCUCGCAUAAGGACCACACCCGAAGUGAAAUCGCAGCCGUCGUCUACGACACGAACGUGUUGGGUUUUAAGGGACCUCGGAAAAUGACCGUGCUAAUACCGAUCGUCGACGAAGCGACGGAACGUAAUAGCGUUCGGCCGACGUCGGACAGUGAAAGUCUGAUUGAACGCUUCAAGACUGGACGCCUAGAAAAUGUGCUCCGUUUAAGCAACAAGCAACCGGUAUGGAACGAGGAUACGCAAAGUUACGUGCUCAACUUUCAUGGACGGGUCACCCAAGCGUCGGUGAAGAAUUUCCAGCUGGUGCACGACAAGGACGUGGAAACGAUUAUAAUGCAGUUCGGACGGGUGACGGAAGACCACUUCUCAAUGGACUACAGCUAUCCACUGUGCGCUCUGCAGGCGUUUGCCAUAGCACUAAGUUCGUUUGACUCGAAACUUGCGUGCGAGUAGUGAGUGCCAACAUGACUUGGAAGGGCAGGCAAGCUUCAUGUUGACUGAUUAGGUAGUCACAAAAACAAAAAUGUUUUCAACGAUAUUAUUAUACAAAGACACAGAUAAGAAGAUAUAGAUUGACACAUGACAAAGUGAG